CGGAAACUGGAGUUAUUCAACCUGUUGAACCUUUAUUAUAGGCUCGCCCAGCCAAUUUCCGUGCAGUGGAUUUCGGCGAUGAUAUCACGCUUUCAGUGGAAUAGUCUGGUGAAAUUCUAGACGGCUAUAGUGUUUGUUUGUCUGCUUGGGUUUCAUAAUAGUGCAGAUGCCAUGAAAAGGGAAAGCCAUAGCAAGCAAAUGGCGUCUGAUUUUACAUUACAUCAUCCGCGUGUAGCCUCUCUUUCAAAAAACGGCCAUGCUACUUUGACGAACCGUUUAAGUCGCGCUGAAUACGAAGAGCUUCGAGGCAACGGUACUGGUGAACAAGGCAGCUAUAAAAUAUCAGAACCUUUUGAGAAGAAUUCAGGGGAAGAUGAAGCGAUGCCCAACGAAGACGAAAUAGAAAAACGAUUUGAAAAUUUACUGGAGAAGCUGACACUACAUCCAGAUCAAGUCACAGACCUUCAGCGACAUCCAAUUCAACACAAAUGGAAAUUGAUUCAAGCGAAGGAAAUGGUUGAACCCAAGCAUUCGUCCCAGUUCUACGUAACUCAAUUAAAACGUCACAUGACCGAAGUAAUUCAACCGCACGGAAAAUCGUCCAAAAAAACAAUGAAACAUCUUGAACCGAAAGAAACGAUUUUACGUUCUCUUGAAGUAGAUGUUAGAACGCAUCCUAACACAACUUGGUUACGUGAGUUUCUGGAAGAACCGUACAACGGCCAACAUGUUCUUAUCGACUUUUUGGCUUUUCUUCACCACAAUCCUCUUCCCUUGUUGGCGGAGAUGACGCCGGAACAGGAAAGGAAGAAAAGCCUCAAGAAUGGAAAACGACGAAAGAAAGCCGUUACUCGAAGCUACGUUGAUGAACAUAUGUGUUUAAUGUGUCUUAAGGCACUCAUGAGAAACAAGUUUGGUUUCAAAUCUUUGAUGGCUGUACCAAACGCUUUAGUUAACAUCGUUUUGUGCUUGAAAAUUGACAACGUGAAAACAAAGAUCUUAGCAAUCAAGCUGCUGUAUGCGGCUUGUGCCAGCGAUACGUACCAUCAUUUGGUGAUAGAGGCAUUGGAGUUCUUUCGCGGCACGACGAAUGAACAUCAAAUAUUUUCCACUCUAGUUAAUUUCCUCUACUUUAAGCCUGUCAAUCCAGGCUUGCAGGCUGUUACAAUGGCGUUGAUCAAUGCCAUUGUCAACAAUUCUCCAUCGUACAACAGUCGCGUCUUUCAUCAACAGCAAAUAUGUGUUGCUGGCUUCAGCGAGCAACGUUUAGAAAAGAUGCUUGAAGGAUUAGAUGCAACUCCCGUUAGGGAAGAACUGAGAGUUUGGAAAGAGAAUUUUGUCAAUAUUCAAGACUUGAUGGACGAAUAUGAGCAAUUGAAAGAACGAUCGCAGUUGUUGAGAGAUGAGGUCGAUUUGCUGUCGGGAAAACUCGAGGAUACACAACGAGAGAAAAACGAAAUCGAACGACAGAAAAAGGAGUUUGAAGAAAAAGCUGAAAAUCUUCAAUUUCGCGCCACAGAAUUGCAGGCUGAGCUUGAGAAAAUCGUGAAAAGUCCAAACAAAGAGAAUAUUAAUACGGCAUUGUUGGAACCAUUAAAUACCAACACACCUCCCCCACCUGCUCCACCGCCACCCCCGGGACCCGGAGCACCCCUCCACCCCCUCCUGCACCAGGUCUACCCAAUGCCCCCCCUCCCCCGAUGUUCAUGUGGUAUGAAAACCGCUGUACGAAAACGGAAAUUCAUGAGUACGAAGAAACUGCCCAUGUUGAAUUGGGCUACAGUCUCCGACACACAAAAGACCAUAUUCGAGAGUAUGGACGACGAGAAAAUGGCCGUACAACUAAAUCUUGGAGAUUUUGAAGCGAUGUUUGAAUUGAAGACGAACGAAAUGAGCGAGGAGGUUCGACUAAAGAAGGAAGCUGCUCUAAAGAAACUUGCCGAACAGAUAACAAUCAUUGAAACGAAUCGCGCAAAAAGUUUAGUGAUUGCAAAGCGAAGAAUCGGAUGUUCAGCUAAACACAUUUCACAAUACAUCGACAAUAGCGAUUUAUCUGAGUUGAGCUCUGAGUUUGCUGAACUUCUCUUAAAGUUUGUACCUACGAAAGAAGAGUUAGCAGGCCUUUCGAAACACGCAGAGGACUACAAAAAAUUUGCCGAAGCUGAGCAAUUUAUGUUCGAGCUCGCGAAAGUGAAAAGAUAUGAGGCAAAGUUGAGCGUAAUGGCGUUUAUUGGUGUCUUUGACGAAGUUAUGUGUUCCGUUGUACCUAAAAUUGACGCUGUACUUCGCGCUUCGCUCAAUAUUCUUCGCAGCAAGAAACUACAAAAGAUAUUUGAAAUCAUUCUUGCCUUCGGGAACUACAUGAAUGGAACUCGUAAGAAAGUCGCCGCGGGCUUUAAAUUAGAAUCUUUGUACAAACUUGCUGAUGUGAAAUCAACGGAUCGUAAAAUGUCUCUUUUGAACUACGUUGUCGCGACUGUGAACACUUGUUUUCCCGACUUGCAUUCGUUUGCUGAAGAUCUUGAGCUGGAGGAAGCCACGCAAGUAUCAAAGCAGACGUUAAAUAACGACAUUCAAAGUUUAAAGAAAGGCAUUGAUUUAACGAAAGAACGCGACAAGCAACCGGAUAAUUUUGUAAUUUUCAGUUUUUACAACCGUGCAUUUGGAAAAGUGCAGAAGGUCAGUGAAAAAUAUCGAAAAAUGGAAGAAAAGUAUUUGGCUGUUUGUCAAAUGUUUGGUGAAGAUGGAAGGAAAAUCGAACCGUCACAGUUCUUUAAAUAUUUUCAAGAUUUUGUCUGCAUGUAUUUCAAAGCGGAGUGUGAAAAUGAAGAGCGCAAGAAACAAGAGGAAACACGUCGUCAGGCGGAAAUUAUGAUGAAAAAUCAGAAGAAUAAAGCGAAGACCUUACCGUCAUCCAUCGAAAGAGCUUGGAACUAUACGAAUGAUUCCGAUGCUUACGACGACGACGACGAUGACGAUGACGACUUAUCAUCCGGGGAAGCAGAUUCUUCUUGAUAAAGGCGACAUUGAUGUUAUUACUAAGAAUAUACUUGAGAUCCAUGGUAUUUAACGAGCGAAACUAUCCACGUCCAAAUGUCGCUCCUUCGAGGUAUACAGAAGUCACUUGCAUGGCUUUCUUUUAUUGCAUUUUUACUGUACAUGAGAAAUUUGUGAAGACACAUUGUAAAUUUCGAACCGUGAGUGUAUAUAAUACAGUUUUAGAACGUACGUAUUUUACCAGUGGUAAAUUUCUUAUGGAGUUUACGAGACAAAUUUUUAUUCUCUCAA